GGCACUGAACGUUGUUACACAGGAGGCCGGCCAGAAGAACGUGGCUGCUUGUUGCUACCGAACCGCCUCCCCCUAGGCAUAUUUUAGGGCAGCGAGCGUGUCUUAGAGGAUUGCUGGCGGCGGAGUGGCGGCGUUGUGAGUCACGAGUCGCCAAGGAACGAGUUGGAUGUGAUGCAGAGACCGUGACAAGGCUGGUCCCUCGGAGAUUAUCAAGGAGGAGCAUGCCAGCGUUGACGGCGUCAUCCUGGCCAAGGUGGCCACCUCCUCCCUCAGCACGCCGCCAGACUAUUCCUGGUCUUGUUUAUUUGCUCAAGGCGUGAGGCAUUUCCUCCCCGUCCGAAUUCCCGUAUGUGUCGAUGAUGAGAAGAGUCUAGAAUGUAAGAACAACUGUAGUUUCCUUUUGAAGGCAUAACGUGACAGAGUGCCUCUCCGUGCCAGCAGCGAACGUGAUGCACAACGCCUGGCCAGGAAUGCACAGAAGGAAAUAAAUGCUGUAACGGAUGCUGUCAGAGGCGGGGGCCGGAUGCUGCUGAUCAGCGAUAACAAGCUAAACUUAGAAAUCAUCUAGAUAGAACACACGGUUUCUUAAGACAGAAUGCAGCCGUGUUACAAAUGAGUCAAUUGUGAUGCGAGACAUCGUAACCGAACACAUGAGGGCAACACCAGUUCAGUUGGCACCCGUGCUGGGGCCACCGCGAUGACGUCAGCUCGGGGGGUGUGAGGGUGAAUCAGGCAUGUGCCAACUGCGCGAUGUCUUACUAUCGGAUCUCGAAUGUAAUAACUCAUUAUUUCCUCACCUUGCCAUCACCCUCAGUACCACUCUGAAAGCCGCGGCAGCAGACAUCGCCCUCCACAACAGAACAAGGGGGCACGACGUGGCUCGAAGCGUCUAUCCACAAAUAGAGUGGCAGCGGGACCCCCGCCGCAACCCCCCCAGGGAGCCCCGCCAGCGUUUGAAUCCUCAGUUGAGCUUCGAGCAGACCUAAGCGUGGGGUGGCUGUUUGCCCCGCGUGGCUAUUCGGCGCCUCUAUAGUUGUGACUGUGGUGUUGUGGCCUCUUGGUCGGUUGUGCUGGUUCUGCACAACACAUCCGCAUCGUGGAUACGGUGUUAUUGACGUCAAUAGUGUUGCAGGGUAGACUCAGAGGUUAGAUUAUUCUUUCGUCUUGCUGCUAAACAAACACAUAAGGUGAAGAAAGGUGACUAAAGGAAACUUGAUAAACACCGGGCGCCCAUGAGGCAGGCGUCGUGCUACUUGUUUUGGCUGAGCAUCGUCGUGUGUGUGUAGCGCCGUGAUGAAACCGAGGCGAGAACAUACGCGUGAGUGGCGGCGGCAGGCGGACCCCUCCUUCCCCGCCCCCGUCAAGUCCAGACCCUCCAAGCCGCCGCCUCCCCGGCCCUCUGAGCCUCCUCCUUCCCGCCCCACCGAACCUCCUCCGUCUCGCCCCAUCGUGUCUUCCGCCUCGCGUCCAUCUGAACCGCCGCCUCCGCAUCCACCAGACCCUGCUUCUUCGUCCAAGCCAGGACAGGGGGUUCUCAAGGGACACAAAGGGCGGAAUAGGAAAAAAAACAAGAAAGGCCUUCAUGUGUCCUUCGACCUAGAGAACACGCAGGAGGUAGUGGUGCCUCCGAAGGAAGAGGAGGUGGUGGUGGAGUGCUGGGAGGACCUGAGUGAUGGUGAUACUAUAGGCGUCAAUUAUGAUACUCCCUCCAAAGACGACAGUGAUGACCCACCGGGUGCACGCGACGGGGCAGGGCGGCUGGACGAGGACUCUGACGCCCUUGAGGGAGUCACCUACUUUGGAGUCGGCGAGUCACCGGAGUAUGAGGCGGUGGAUGGCUUCGUUGAUUCGCCAGAUGUGCAGUGGAGUUGCGAAGAGUUGGGGAAUGAAUUCAGUAAUAGUGAAGUGACCAACGUUCCUCAAGAUGCGGUAGAGAUUGAUUUGGACAGCAAAGGGCCAACUGACACCGCUCAAGACACAACAGAGGCGAGUAACCUUGUGUAUCCCCUAGAAUCGAAUGACGAAAGUUUGCUUGAAGGGCUGACUGAUGUGAGUCAUCCAGAUGAAAUGAGUGAGGUUAGUCGUCUGGAAGGAUUGACUGAGGUGACCCAUCCAAAUGAACUGAAUGACAUGAGUUAUGAGUCACUAGAUUUAAGUCGUGAUGGACUGGUGUGUGCAGAAAGAUCAACUGACGGAAGGGAAACAGAGGAGGCAAGUAACACAACUCUUUUGGAUGAAGUGAAAAAUGAAAAUGGCAGUGAAGUGUUAGAUAAAAAUGCUGCGGAGCUGUUCGAGAGGAGUCAUCUUGAAGGGUCGACUGACGUGGUUCUCCCGGAAAAGUUGUCUGACGUGGGUCACCUUUUAGAAAAAUUGACCUAUUUAAGUAAUCCAUCUGAAGUGACUGAUGAAAAUCACCUUGAAGGACUGACUGAUUUAAGUCAUGUAGAGGAAAUGACUGACGGAAGUAAUUUUGAUAAAAUAACUGACGCCAAUAAUGCAGUUGAUAUAAUCGAUGCGAGCCACUCUGAAGAACAGCUUGGCGCUACUUAUCAGGAUAUUAGCGACGCGGCUGGUCCUGGAUUGACUGCCGUGAGUCAUUCAGGAGAACAAACCAACAUGAGUCAGUCUGAUGACUUGACUAAGAGUAGUCAUCCAGAUGAACUAAAUAACGUGUAUGACGAUGGAGGAAGUAACUUAGAAGAAGUGACUGGCAUGAUUCAAACUGACGAACUGGCUAAGGAAGCUCGUUCAGAGGAAGUGAUGAGUAGUAAUGAUACUGAAGUGUUGAGUGUUAUUGAUUUAGAUAAAUCGUCACAUCCCAGCUAUCACGGUUUGACUGACACGGAACUAAUAAGGCAGCAGGAAGAGGAACGGUCUCUCUUGAAUGACUCCGAGACGAAGGCCGCCAUAUCCAACACUGAAAUACCUGCCACAACUAACUCUGGUGUAGAGGGCAACAACAGCAGUGCCAGACCAGGCUUUGCCUUUAUCGGCGAGCUCGAGGAGAAAUGCCCUACCCCUCCCCCCAUCACAGAAGCUGAUGAAGACCCUGUUGAAGGAACCCCUGAUGACGAUGAUGACGAGUGGGAGACUGAGCCUAGUGGGGAAAGCGAGGAGGCCAGCGAGAACACGUGGGAGGUAACAGGGUCUGACGGCAGUACCGGCAUUGUGCAAAACCCCCCAGACGACGGCAGCGGGGAGGACAGCGACAGCCUCAUCCUGAAUGACGACAUAGAGGCAGUGUUACUGGCGCUGAUAGAAGACCAGGAGAAGGGCAUGCCGCCCGUAGUGUCCUGCAGUGAUCAACCUCAAGAGCAAAACAGCGUGUCGGCACCCGGGUCGCCUCUCGUGAAACAACAGGAGCGUGCAACGAGGGAGCAGUCACCAUUAGUGACCAUCGGGUACGAGUGUCGGGAGAGAAAGUCAGCAUCGGUAUACGGAUCUGAAACGGAGUCCGAAGGAGAACUUGUACCAUGCGAGGACAAGUGUGUGGGCACUGCGGACCGGAGCGACGACGAGCCGGUGGAGGUGGCGCACGAAGAUGGGAUCAAGCAGAACAGGAUGGCCGACUGCCAAGAAAGGGCCCUAAGUUUGGGUACCAGCAAACACACUACGUUGACUGCGCCUGAUGUGCAGGUAGGCGGCUCAUCUCCAUCACCUGAGAUUCCAGAAAUUCCUGAAGAGGGAAAAUGCAUGGGGAACUCUGAGAGCGGGAAAGAAAAAGACAAAACCAAUGGCAAAAAGGUUGUCAAAAAGAAAGGUAAGAAAAAUAAGAGAGAAGUCAAAGCUGAGCCCGUUGUCGGUCCCGUUGACGCUGUUGACAGACCAAAACUUGUGCGUGGCAGAGCAUGGAUGGAAAAAAGAGGGAAAAUUAACGCCAAACGGCUACUUAACCUGUCUUUUGGAAGCGAAAUCUGCGAGUCUGAUAUUGUGGAAGGGACGUCCAACCUCCUGACGGAGACCUACACGGAGACCAGUCUUCUGACGCCUACAAGGUGUCCCUUGGGCGCCACGGUGUUCACCGAGACUCCUUGCACCGCGUGUUCCUCAGUAACGGGGGAGUUUAGUGAAUCGGACAGUUUGCAUGCAGACUGCAAGUGUGGAGAACAGCGACCAGAAGACGCCGGCGUGGUAGCGCUGGUGGCGGAGGUAAAGACGUGCGACGAAGCUCCAAAACUAGACCCGAAACCUUUACAAGAACUGACCAAGGAGUCUGUCUUAAAGCCUGCCCCAAAAGUAACUUCAGAGCCAACCGCAGAGCUUGCCCCAGCGUCCUCUAAGACUGCCUCAGACCUUAUUCACUCACUCGCUCCUCCCACCGUGACGGUGCAAGUGACGGGCGCCAGCGACGAGGAGGAUAAUAGAACCGACGAUGCAUCUUCACCAACAGGAGACAUCAAUGAGUUUUUUAUCGUUCGAACACAAACUGUUGCUGCGCCUUCUCAGGUCCUGACAGAGUAUGUAGAUGACAGUGAGUCAGAGGAAGAUGUGAAACCUCAAAAUGAAAAAGAGCACUCCACGAACGUGACCGAGCCCAAAGGAGACUCUGUUUAUAUAGACGCCGUUGGUAGCGCAUGCACAGAUGAUAUAAAUGACUAUUUUGACUAUGACAAGUCAUUUCCUAAUGUCCUGGGCACUCAGCAACUAAGCCUGAUAUAUUCCUACGAUUCCGGGCCAGAUCCAGACCCUGAGUCGGGUCAGGGAAGCAUUGAAGAUGGAGGACGGACUCCAGACUCUGCGGUUGAGUCAAACACCGAGAUAAAUGUUAGUGGUGAUGCAAUGUACACGUCAGGCUGGGGAGAAAUUAUUUACGAAGGUCCGUGCUUGUGUGGGAACACUGAAAUCGCAGAGGAUCUUGGAACUCUCGCAAAAGUUGUCGAGCAUGUUAGUGGGACGGGGCGGGAGGGUGGCGAGGAGCAGCUCUGUGUUCCGGCGGUGCUAGUGAAUGAUGUCGUGGCAGGUGAUGGUAACGAGGCACGUGAAGAAGCCUCCGGUAGUGAACCCCCGACCCACGCAAUGGGAAGUAAUCAGGAGGAGCAGGGCUCAGAGAAUGUCGGCAACUCUAAGGACAUAAGACUAAGGAUAAAUGAAAUCGUGGGUGGACGUUUGUUGCGUGACCAAGGGCGCGGCGUGAGCCCUGGCGUGAGGGAGGAAGUCGCUUGCCUGGAGGAACAACAUGGCGGACGGGAAGACUCACCCCUACCCGGCUCUUCCCCGGCCUCCAGCUCGGGAGUUCAGGGCUCCGACGAGAUGUCUCUCUCGAGGUCACGCUCCCGGUCUCCUUCAAGGGAAGAAUCUGUCUCCCCGUCGUACAGCCCCUACGCCCUGCCGGAGGGCCCCAUGGAACCCCGCCCAUGCCACCCUCCAUCUCUGGACAGGCAUGAACGCGAGGCUCUGGAGAGUCUACGGGCACUCAGGUAUGAGGGCAGCAUCGACUCCACGCCUGAGAAGAGCGUGCCCGUGGACUGCAGCUUCAGGACCUUCAGGGAAAUGUAUCAGAUUAACCCGAUUUAUCUAACCGACUCGGACGACCACGACGACUUGAACGAGUCUGACACGGUCGUGCCGGUCACAGCGAAUAUGGACAACGACCCAGAGAGGUCCAUCACUGUUACCAGCUGGUCCUCCACCUCAGACUGUUCCCCCGACCCUCCGGAGCUCAGAUCAUCCCCGCCUCUCCCCGGGACCCACACCACUAAAAAGGUCCCCAAAGUUACUAAGCUCCUGCGGGAGACCCAAGGCAUCGUGCAGCGGUGGGAGGUGCUGCAAGCGCAGGCGGUGGAGCGGCAGCGGCAGAGCAGCCAAGUGAGGGAGCUGCAGAGGCAGGUGAAGCACCUCCGCCUGUCCCUGGAGGCCCUCGGUGAGCAGGCCAGCGAGCUCACGAAGACGGGUGACGUCGACAACCGCCUCAAGCUUAUCCAGAAGCUGCAGGACGCCAAGGCCCUGCAGCAGGAAGUGUCGUCGAGGAAGUCUGAGGUUUCCAGCAUCAACUUGGCCGUGCACAGGUUCCUGACGGAGAGCGGCUAUGCCCUGGCCACCCUCAAGGACGACGUGGCGGACCUCUACCGACUCUGGGACGAGGCAGACAGACGGGUGAGCAGCGAGCUGUCGCGGCUGGAGAAUGUGGACGCCGCGUGGAAGCUGUGGGAGACGCAGGCGGAAGAGCUGACCAAGAUGCUGCGGCAGGACGGGGACACGCUGAAGGUCUUGGAUGUGGCCAUUCAGACCGGCUCCAUGACGGACUCGACCACAGCGUCGAUGCAGGGCGUGGCGAGGCUCCUCAACGACAAGCGCAAAACACUGCCGGGCAAGAAGCUUUUCCUGCAGCACACUAAGACACAGAGUGUUGAUAUCCAGGGAUCUUCAAUGUCCCUGAUGACGUCGGGUGACGAGUGUCUGAGUGACUCUGGGACGUCUGGCUACGAGUCUUGUUCCUCAGAGGAGCUUAGUGAGCGGGAGCGUCGCUUGGCCAACCUGCGGCGGCUGGCGCGGGACCUGGAAGCUUCGCUUCACCCCAACUCGCAAGCGUGGGCUUCCAUCUGCAAGACGUUAUCGAGCGCCGAGGAGGAGCUGAAAGGUCUGCAGCAGCACUGUCGAGAGCUGGUGGUUAGGUCCUCGGAGACGCUGGACCAGGCCAAGACUUCCCCGCAGCUGAGGAGGAGGAUGUGGUCCAAAGACAACAAGGUUGGUAAGGCUAGUCGUCGUGCUAAUAACGUCAGCGGGAGUGGACGCAACGGGAACCGCCGCGGCUGGGUGUGGCGCGUGGUCAGGGCGGCGCUGCCCUUCCAGGCAGCCCUGCUGCUGCUUUUUUGUGUGGCUUGUUUGUUGGAGCCCAAUUGCUGUGACCACGUGAACACCCUCAACCUGUCCCUCAGCCCACAGCUCCGCUAUGUGCACGGACCACCGCCAGUGUGAAGUCUGCGGCGGUGCUCUCGUCACAGCCCUUGUACCUGAGCCUCGUGCCAGGUGUAAAUACCCCGCCAAGUGUACAUACCAUGGUCUGGUGUACAUUUUAGGCAGCACGGCGAGUUGCGUGUCCCCUGGUCUGAUGUUCACUAAAGCUGUACAGACAAACCGGAGUCGUGACGAGACGCGACUCCCUGUACACUGUGUGGCCAGGGGCGCGGCGAAGCGCUGUGUGGAGUCGCCCGGGCGGGCAUUGCGGUAUACCAAGGAAAGCCGCCCAAGGCCUCGGCACGGCCAAGGCGCCGCCCUGCGCACCGCGAAGGGCGGCCGCGCGUCCCGCUUGCCCCCCCCGCACUCAUCAUGUCAGGUCUCAUAUUUUUAUACCAUCACUUUAUGAUCUAAUAACGCGUGAAUGAGAUGUAUGUUGAGUUUGAUAUACAAUUUGUGUUAGUCAGCGUGUUUAUGUUUGGGUAUGUCUGUGGCCACGUACUUUUGGGCAGAAAUAGUUUUAAGCAGUGUGAAAAAUGUUAUAUAAUACCCUGUAAAUGUGUAAUUACAGAAGAUGUUUGAUUUCGCUUCUUCAAGUUCAGGGCGUGACUAAGGCCAGACAGGUUUAGAGAUCGGCCGUCGCCGGUCGCGUUUCUCAACGAACCGUGAAAUAGCCCGCCAUCUCAGCGACCUGUGCUUGAGUCACGUCCAUAAUUUGUAAAUUUUUCCACAAAUAUUGACAAUACGCAACCCGGGUUAUCUUGGAGACGCGGCCCUUGAGGCCACGUAGCUCCAAAUAGCCUGGGCGAGCCUGGCAGUGCUUGAUAGCCUGUCUGCAGCACCUGCAGAGCUGCAGAACAAUAAGGAGUCCAGUGCCUUAUCCUGACGCCAAGCGGACAGCGGCACAGUGCCACGCCAAGUGCCCUGCGUUAAUGCUGGCGAACUUGCACUGCCAAACACUGAUUUGACAAUUUUUUGGCUCCGGCGAGCUUUCGCUGUGCCUGCUGGCUUCCUGUGAACCAGCCACACGGGCUGCAGACUCACCGGCAGAGUUAACGACGCCGCAGGCUUACCCUAGGAUCAAGCAUCUGAGUGGCGUUGCGUCACAAUUCGCGAAAUGUGUGACGCUGCCACAAAAGCUUUCCUUACCUGGGCUUAUGAGCAUUCGGUUAAGGCAUGUGGUGGUGAGCGAAUCUAACCUUUGGGUUGCAAAGUUGCACCGCAGAUCACAUCGACCACACCACAGCCACAGCAAAGUUAACUCUGGCAAACUGCGCCAACCUUUUUUUUUUUCCCCCUAUGCCUGGGCAACGUCAUUUGACGAUCCCAGUGACAUCGGCCGUGCCCCCGAGCCUCGCUGCCGUCCCCGCCACUGUUAGUGUCUUGGCCCUCCUCCCGGAGGAUCCAUUCAAUGAAAAGGCGCUGCCGGGACGCAGAGAACUCGGCGACUGACAGCAGGACACUGAGCGUGAAGGCGGCCUUUUGCAGCGCCCCUGACACUGCACGUGAGACUUAGUGUUGGCACGGCCGCUGGUGUGCCUCACGGCUACUGUACCAGCUAAUGUAAGGCAUGUAACACCCUAGAGUAGCUCGACUAUCGGCUCCGGCUCUGGUAACAAGGGCGAGGUGGGAUUCCUUGUUGUCAGGAAGGCGGCGUGUGCUCGAGCGAGUAAGACCAACAAGCAAUAAGUCACGCCGGAGGCCGACAUUAAGGAAUCUUGCCUCGCUGCAGUACUUCGUAGCCUUAAGGUCACUGCCUAGCCAGAGCAGCAGGAAAAAGGCAGGAUCACCGAUCAUCCACCAUUUGCAAGAUCCAUAAGAUGCGUCAGUUGCACUUUCAAGCCCCAAAAGUAGAAAAUGUCUCCCUGAAAAGAGCGCUUGCCAUUAUUCCUGUUACUCGGCCAGAAAGUAGUUUAACAGGCGACGUGUCGGGCGGCUGUCGGAUCCUCUUAGGUUAAAAGGUGAGGGACGGGACGCCCAACACGGCCGCCGCGGGUGUGCGCGCAGAGGGUAUUCAAAAGAACUUACCUAUUCACACUGCAUUUUAAUCUAUUCAAACAUAUCCUUAUUUGAUCAGAAUGGGUGAUUGUUUUAUUUUCUUAUGGUGCUAAUGAAGAUGAAUUUUGUUCUAUUUGAUUAACAGAUUAGUACGUAGCGAGCAUGCCAAAGGCUUUUCAAGUAGUCGAAGUGAAUUAUUAUGUUGUAGGGUAUUGUGAUUUUUAUGUGCAAAAUCAGAAUUUAUAAUUUAUUUUAUAUGAAACUUUGUAAGGGUUACUCGGGGGAAUAACUGCUGGGCGAUUGUUCUUAGUUCAGUGAAGGUCGGACGCCGGGGUGGGUUGUACCUUCGUAGCUAUUAAGACACCGGAGAAAGAAACUGUUGCCAACGUUAUCAACAAAUUUAAUGCCACAGUCAUUGUUCCUAAACGUAGAAUGUGCUCAUUUAUACGCCUCGGGAGCUCGGGAGUUUGCCUCGGCGCGGCAGGACUGAGUGACGGACAACACCAUGCAAGGCGGAGCGUUCAGAAGCUUUAUGCUGGGUACUUCGCCUUGUAGGAGUGUAGCGCCUCGCGGCCCCUCUGGUCCGGGGCCUUGGUCACCGUGUGUAGCUGGAGUUUGUCAGUCUAUGCAUUUUGUCGUCACCAGUGUUGCUUUAGUUAUAGUUUCGUCUUAUUAUUCUGAGCGUGUGUAUUUUUUUUUCGGCACCACAAAUUUUCAAGCGCCGUUUUCAGCUAAAGCUAAGUCCACACUGGCAACUCUCGCCUUGGUGAUAGAUUUGGGCCAGGCGACUCCCUCUCCCAGCUACUGUCGCUGCUACCACUGCUGCAGGCUUGUGUCGCCCCGCGAGGGCGUGACGGGCCGAUCUGUCGUCACGGUUGUAAUAUUAGCCAGGGGGGGAUGUUCUGGGGAACCUCGGACCCAUUAUCCGGUUGUCUCGUCUCCCCUAAACAGCUGCAGACGGUCUCCUUCCCCUUGUCUUUCAAAACUUGCCGUCAGUCUCGUCGGCACCCAAAUUCUCAAUAUUCCAGACCGGCAGCAGCGGUUCCUGUGCCGCUGGUGUCGGCCCCAGGAGGGGACCGUCAAGUAGCUUCAAACAAUUCCCUCUCAUACAGUAAAAUGUACCACUUGUCACUUGUCUCUCAGAUCAGCCACAGCUUAGCCCCCACAGUAAUGCUUAUCUCCUCCCGACCAAGCCGGAAAUGACCCAGGUGACCCAUGAAAUCCCCUCUACGGUUUACAGUACAAAAAAGCCACAAUAUGUUCUUUUAUAAGUGCCUUAGUGUCGCUGUCUCGUAGGUGUGUAGUAACGACAGGUGUGUGCCCCCGCCAAACACCUGGCGACAAUAAUCUCCGUCUGGGUGCUGCCGGCCGCGGCGUCGCCCAUCAGCUCGGGCCGCGGGGCCGCGCCGGGGCCGGUGCUCCUUGCCGGCCACAAUAACAAAUACAAGCUUGGGUCAGCGCUGCUCCCAUAAGGCUUACUAGCUUAGAUUUAUUUGAGUGUGUCAUCCAGGCUAAAUAAUAUGUUUGUGUAUUUAUUUGUCUUCUAUGAAUAUUUUCCAACACUUAACACCAGGUUCUUUCUCCCAUAUAUAAACCAAUAAAUUGCAGAAGAGCAA